AUGCGCGGCCGCAGGAGGACAUAGCCGGUGUAAAAGUCGGCUCGCUUUGGUGUGUAUCUGACCCGCGCUAAGUCCGCCCCUCUCGACAGCCUCAAAGCCGAUCACACGGGCUGGUCUCUCUUCACGCUCACAUCAUCUCCCGAGGUCCGUGGGACUUCUUCUUGCCAGCCGCCUGCCACUGCCCGCGCCGUGUCGCCUCUUCAUCUGCGGGACUCUCCGCUGCCUCUCUUCCUCUCUUUAUUCUCUCUCUCUUUCGUCGCCCCGAGGGCCUCUGACGCCUCGCCUCGCGGAAGUGAUCUCUGUCUCACUGUGCAACGGUGUAAGCGGUAACGAAUGCGAUUGUAGUGAUUUUUAUCGAGCGUGGGAGGGUUUUGUUCAGCGGCGCGGCGGCGCGUUUGAUCGGUGGCGCCCCUCCUCCCCCGCCCUGCGAGUGCGGCGGGAAGUGACUCGAGAGCCUUCUCGGAAAGGACAUUUUCUUCCUGUGAAUCACAUCCUACGGAAGGAAAUAUAUAGACUUAGGCAACGCUGGUUAAGGCUCACUUGCGAAACAUCCCGCCGGGCAGCCGAUGGUGUUAAGAUUAUGUGGUCGUCCUAAUUGAAACAAAGUGCUUCUGACGCGUCCGUUUAACCCUUGGAAAUUCCAGAAUUUGUUCUCGUGAAUAAAAGGCAGGAUAAAGUCGAUAAGAGUGAGCUUGAAGUUUGAGUGAUAGGAGAACCAGGCCCGAGGAGCUCGCUGAGUACUAUUGCAGUGAUUAGUGAUUCGAGUGUGGAGAAUGUAGCAGCCAUUCGGGUGUCACUGCUGAAUGGAAACACUUGCUGAGAAAACGACAACGCAGUUCCGUCGUUUCAGUGACAGACUCUGAGUCAAGGUCGAGAGUUUUUCUGUUUCUUCCUAAAGGACCUCGAGACUCCCCCUCCGUGUCUCAGGUCCUCCUCGAAGCACCAUCCCAGGCCCUGAGCAUGACACGGGAUCCACCGCAACGGCGUCGACAUAGGUUACGAGGACGCUGAAGCCUCUGUCAGGCCCUCCCUCGGGAUACUCCUCCUCCUGCUGACGAAGGGCGCUCGAGGAUGAGGUUCGGCUGGAGGAGGGAGGUGGCAGGGUGGCACCUCCUGACGGGGGUGGCACUGCUCCUGCUCUGUGCCACCAUCUCCGCGACGGGGAAGAAAGCUCGAGAGCCGAAAUGGUGGAGCAUCGCCAAGAUCGCCGACCCCUCCAACUUGAUCAGCAACCACAUCAAGUCCAACUCCCUGACGGACCACUACCUGGAUCCCGCCAUCCACAGGAUCCUCCGCAAGAAGCAGCGGCGCCUCGUCAGGGAGAACCCGGGUGUCCUCGUGGCCAUCGCGAAGGGCGCCCGCCACGCCGUCCACGAGUGUAAGCAUCAGUUCCGCAACAGACGAUGGAACUGCUCCACGUCCUCGUCCAACCGGAGCAAGAGGCUCUUCGGGAAGAUCGUCUCCAGAGGAAUGACAACGAAUCUUGUGAUUUCCACGCGGCAGUCAAUCACGACACACAACGAGCAGGCAAUUCACACGCGUACGGUAGGGUUAUCGCGGAGCUUCAGCUUAAGGUACGAGAAGCUGCGAUCGAGAGCAGAUCUCGGCGUUCUCCCAAAGCCUAACGCUGAGGCACAAGAACCAGUCGAACUUCAACGAAACGAUUAA